GGAGCCAGGAGAAAGAUGGCGGCGCCCGUAGCUGCUGCUGAGCCGGAGGCUUGCGGGGGUCCUCAGCCCCCAGUGUGUCUCCUGGUGUUGGGAAUGGCGGGAUCUGGGAAAACCACCUUUGUACAGAGGCUCACAGGACACCUGCAUAGCCAAGGCUCUCCACCUUAUGUGAUCAACCUGGACCCAGCUGUGCAUGAAGUUCCCUUUCCUGCCAAUAUUGAUAUUCGUGACACUGUGAAGUAUAAAGAAGUCAUGAAACAAUAUGGACUUGGGCCCAAUGGUGGCAUAGUGACGUCACUCAAUCUCUUUGCUACCAGAUUUGAUCAGGUGAUGAAAUUUAUUGAGAAGGCCCAGAACAUUUCUAAAUAUGUCUUGAUUGACACACCUGGACAGAUUGAGGUAUUCACCUGGUCAGCUUCUGGGACAAUCAUCACUGAGGCCCUGGCAUCCUCAUUUCCAACGAUUGUCAUUUAUGUAAUGGAUACAUCACGAAGUACCAACCCAGUGACCUUCAUGUCCAAUAUGCUCUAUGCCUGCAGCAUCUUGUACAAAACCAAGCUGCCUUUCAUCGUGGUCAUGAAUAAAACUGACAUCAUUGAUCACAGCUUUGCAGUGGAAUGGAUGCAGGAUUUUGAGGCUUUCCAAGAUGCCUUGAAUCAAGAGACUACAUAUGUCAGUAACCUGACUCGUUCAAUGAGCCUGGUGUUAGAUGAGUUUUACAGCUCACUCAGGGUGGUGGGUGUGUCUGCUGUUCUGGGUACAGGCUUAGAUGAACUCUUUGUGCAAGUCACCAGUGCUGCAGAAGAGUAUGAAAGGGAGUAUCGUCCUGAAUAUGAACGUCUGAAGAAAUCGCUGGCCAGUGCACAGAGCCAACAGCAGAAGGAACAACUGGAACGCCUUCAGAAAGAUAUGGCCUCUGUAGCCUUGGACACGGGGACUGCUACAGACAGCUUAUCUCCUGUGCUGGACCCUUCUGACUUGAUCCUGACUCGGGGAACCUUGGAUGAAGAGGAUGAGGAAGCAGACAGUGAUACCGAUGAUAUUGACCACAGAGUUACAGAGGAAAGCCAUGAAGAGCCAGCAUUCCAGAAUUUUAUGCAAGAAUCAAUGGCACAGUACUGGAAGAGAAACAACAAAUAGUUUCCAGAAGUCCAAAAUUUUGGAACUCUGUGUGAAGGAGUUAUCUUUACCUCUGAUUGGGAGCUAAUAUAAAGAACAAUUUUGUUCAGAA